AUGUCCGUUCUACUCGAGACCUCACUCGGGACAAUUAUUAUUGACCUUUAUACAACCGAAAGGCCACGUUGUUCGCUCAACUUUCUGAAGCUCUGCAAAAUCCACUAUUUUAACGGCUGUCUGUUUCAUAAUGUUCAGAAAAAUUUGGUUGCCCAAACAGGUGACCCCUCUGGAACAGGCAAAGGAGGAAGUUCCAUAUUCGAAAAGCUCUACGGAGAACAAGCUCAGUACUUUGAACGCGAACUUAAACCGAAAAUCCAUCACAAAAAACGGGGAACUGUUGCUAUGGUUAAUAAUGGUCAUGGCCAACAUGGUUCACAAUUCUUCAUUACUCUAGCGGAUAACUUGGACUAUCUGAAUCGUGUGCACACUGUGUUUGGCACCGUAAGUCACUGA